UGGAUGAAUUCGGGGCGUCCCCCGGUGCGGUUGUCGAGGGAAGAAUAGAUUGCGGUGGACGGUGGAGUAAAUGAGAGAUGCUCACAACCCAAUGAGACUUGAAGAGGAGGAGUCAGUACGUGUGUGCCCCGGUUGAGAUGAAGAGAGACAGAGGGAGGGCUACGCAGUGUAAGGACAACGACAACAACGGUGUAGGGGAAGUCGUAGAUGAGGAUUCGUACCUUUUGGUGUCAAUGGGUGAGAUGGGCGGUAAAAGGUUUGGUGGGAGGUGGUUAUUUUCCCAACCCAACGAAAGGGGGGGGGGGGAGCCGUCGAUAAGGCGUACAGGUGGCGGAGAGGGGGCGGCUCCAAGGCAAGGCCCUAAGGGGGCUGAUUGAUGUUCCGGGUGCCAACGGUGGGAGGAAAAGGAG